AUGAAUCUUAUUACACCAAAAACAGCGUUUAGACCAAAUGACAAGAUAUCUUUAGCUAUCUUAACACACGCAUACAAGCCUUUAGGUGGUUCGAGUAAAGAUUAUCCACUUGCAAUCAUGGCAAGAUGGCUCAAAGAUGCUGGCUAUUUCGUCAUCCUCUAUGACAGACAGUCGACUACCUGGACAGGUGAUGCAGAGGUCAACGAGCUUGAGCAUAUUCUCAGAGAUACUAUCUUUACUCGUCUCUCAAUUUUCACAUUAUCGAAAGUAAUCAUUGGUGGAUACAGUGCAGGCUCUCUGAUUGCAUCUAGAUUGGCCAAACCGGACUGGAUGGAAUGUGAAGUCCAAUAUCUGCUCAUAUCACAUCCCCUGUCAGUUUCUUGGGCGUUGAACUUAUUCAGAGGAGCUCAGGCACAGCAGUGCUUGCAUAGAAAUCUCAAACACUGCAAGAUGCUUGCAAUUUGGGGCACAAAUGAUCAAUUCACUGGUGUUAAUCAAUACAGACAGUGGAAUGACGACUUACGCAGUAAAUUCCCAAACACUUGGAGCUCAAUAGAGGUUGGAGGUGCGGAUCAUUUCUGGAAGUCGCUUGAUACUGUCUACAAUAGAUUUGUUGAUUGGAUUACAUGA